AUGAAGACCAUUGUUCCCAAGGCUCUUCUCCUGCUGAUCCUGGGCAACCUUGCCAUGACCAGGCAUCUAGAGGGUUCACACUCCCUGCGCUAUUUGCAAACUCUCCUCACCUGGCCUGAUCUCCGGGAGCCCCACUUCGUCCAUUGUCUCUACUUGGAUGGCAUUCUUAUUGAGAGAUUCAACAGCAGAGCAGAGAAUCCUAGGCUGGAGCACUGUGCACCUUGGCUGAAUCAGCAGCAGCCAGAGUACUGGCAGCAAACGAACGUUAGCAUAAUGAUUCUAAGAGACUUCCACAAGAGCCAACUUAAGAGAGUGCUUCACAUCUAUAAUCAAAAUGAAACCGGAUAUCACACAGUGCAGCUCCUGAUAGAAUGUGAUGUGCUGCCUGGAUCAAACUACAUCCGUGCACGAUUUGAAAUGAUCUUCAAUGGCAAUGAUUACAUCGCACUAAAUGAGGACCUGAGCACCUGGACUACAGUCGGCAAGGCAGCGGAGAUCCUGAUCCAAGAGUGGGAGGAGAAAAGUUUUGCAAAACAGAUGAAGAGUAACCUGGAACGUGGAUGUAUGAAUGCAGUCCUCACUCAUCUGAGCUAUGGGAAGGAGUUUUUUCUGAGAACAGACAUCCCAAAAUUACAUGUGAACCACAAAGUCAGAGCUGAUGGGAAUGUCACUCUAAGGUGCUGGGCCCUGAACUUCUACCAUGCUGAGCUCACUCUGACCUGGCAGAGGGAUGGGAGCAAUCAGAAUCUGGAUGUGGAGGUGAUAGAGACCAGGCCUGCAGGAGAUGGCACCUUCCAGAAGUGGGCAGCUGUGGUGGUGUCUCCUGGGGAGGAGCAGAGAUACACAUGUCAUGUGGAUCAUGAGGGGCUGUCUGAGCCCAUCACUGUGAGAUGGGAGCCUCCUCAGCCCUCUGUCCCCAUCAUCCCAAUUGUUACUGGCCUGGUUCUUGGAGCUGUGCUCAUGGGAGCUGUGGUGACUUUGCUCAUAUGGAAGAGGAGGACUAAAGGUAAGGAAAGGGCAGGGUCUGAGUCUGUGUCUCUGUGGGAACACCAAGCCCAGCUGAGACAUAAAGGAAAUAAUGAACAGAUUCAUCACUGCAGUGAUAGAGGGGGCAGCGACCGGAUCCUCAGCUCUCAGUGGUCAGAUGGAAAGGUUCCUACUGAGAACAGAUAUGCAGGAGUACA